GCAUGGACCAUAACUGUAACUUCCCCACUGGCGCCACGCCACACCACGCUUCACCUUCAACUACCCUAACAAUAAUUCCACAAUUCUCCAGAACGAACUCAUCAGUUCUUAACGAACACAGAUGAAGCACUUGGCGUUGAGUUACGCGCUUCGCCGAGCACUCAACUGUAACCGCCACGGGUUGACGGCGGUGAGGCAGUUACCGGCGACGGAAGUGAGGCGUUUUCUUGUAAGCGGCGAGAAUGGAGUGUUUUCGUGCUGGAACAGGAUGAUGUCUUCUCAGGCGGCGCCGGAGGAGGAGAAGAAAGAGGAGAAGGCGGAGAAGGAGAGUUUGCGAACAGAGGCUAAGAAGAACGACGGUAGCGUGGUGGUGUCGAGCUAUUGGGGGAUUUCGAGGCCGAAGAUUACCAGAGAGGACGGCACAGAGUGGCCUUGGAACUGCUUCAUGCCGUGGGAGACUUAUCGUCCAGACUUGUCCAUAGAUCUGACGAAGCAUCAUGUGCCGAAGAAUUUUCUGGAUAAAGUUGCUUACAGGACAGUGAAGCUCCUCAGAAUUCCAACAGAUGUGUUUUUUCAGAGACGGUAUGGUUGCCGAGCGAUGAUGCUUGAAACAGUUGCAGCUGUACCUGGAAUGGUAGGAGGGAUGUUGCUGCACUUAAGGUCACUGCGUAAGUUUCAGCAGAGUGGCGGAUGGAUCAAGGCGUUGCUUGAGGAAGCAGAGAAUGAGAGAAUGCACCUAAUGACCAUGGUGGAACUUGUGCAGCCUAAAUGGUAUGAAAGAUUUCUGGUUCUUACUGUGCAGGGAGUUUUCUUCAAUGCGUUCUUUGUGCUUUAUUUACUCUCUCCAAAGGUGGCUCAUAGAGUUGUUGGGUACCUUGAGGAGGAAGCUAUACAUUCUUACACUGAGUAUUUGAAGGACAUUGAGAGUGGUGCAAUUGAAAAUGUUCCUGCUCCUGCCAUUGCAAUAGACUAUUGGAGACUUCCCAAGGAUGCUACAUUGAAAGAUGUUAUAACAGUCAUUCGUGCUGAUGAGGCUCACCAUCGGGACGUGAACCAUUUUGCUUCUGAUAUCCACUUCCAUGGUAAAGAACUGCGGGAGGCACCAGCUCCUCUUGGUUAUCAUUAGGUCUUUACUGUCAUGGAUAUAAAACUACCCAUUCAGUUUGCAUUUAGAAACCUAUAAGUGCCAAUGUAUUGACUUUUGAUUGAUACAGAAUUCCUGCCCUUAAAUAAUACGUCUGGACUGUUACAUCCCACUAAA